AUGGAAGCUUUUAUGAGGCGUGCUCUCGAGCUUGCUCGGCACUCAAGCAGUCAAGGUGAAAUCCCAGUUGCCUGCGUUUUCGUUCACAAUGGCCAAGCUCUCGCUGAAGCAUGAAAUAUGACAAAUGAAACAAAAAAUGCCACAAAGCACUGCGAAAUCGUUGCAAUCGACGAGAUUCUUAAAACCCAUCCUCCUUCUAUCCUUCAAGAAUGCGAAUUAUACGUCACUUGUGAGCCUUGCAUUAUGUGUGCUUCUGCUUUAGAAAUAAUUGGGAUAAAAAAAGUGUAUUUUGGGUGCUAUAAUGAAAGGUUUGGAGGAAAUGGGUCUAUACUUUCAGUGCAUGAAGGGUACUUAUAAAGUAGGAAAUAUGAAAGUGUUGGAGGAUUUUUUGCAGAAGAAGCAAUUAAGAUUUUUAAAGAUUUUUAUGAGAGAGGGAACCCUUAACUUAUAAUAGAGAAGCUCCCUGUCGGGAUCAGAAAAUCCAUAAUCCUUUUCAUAACGCUCCAUUUCGUCCGCUUCGCCAACAAUCAUCUCACAGUAUUCAAAGUCUUACUCCUACCAGAUAUAGACUUACACAUGCCCCCUGGUAGUCAGAAAGUUUUGAUCACCGGGCCUUAUGCCCAUGGGGUUUGGCUAUUAUAGGAAUUCGGAAAAAAAAAGUCUGGUCGCUAGCCGGCCAAGAUGAAAAUUCGUCAUACAGGACGAAACGCCUGGUAUUGAGCUGGGGAAGCUCACGAUUGACAGGGAAGAACCACACUGGUAUUGUGGAGCCCAUUCUAACUCCGAACUCCAUCUUCCUCCGAAAUAAAACCUUGACAUGGAUGUGAGCUUGCUGUCCACAACCCAGGUAUUGUACUCAACCAAACCCAUUAAUGAGCAUCUGACUGAAUGCAUUGAUAUAGAAAUUGCCCGAGGAGGCGCUAUUUUGCGCCCAUCCUCGGGAAAUUUCUAUAUCAGAAAGGGUGUAAGGCAGGGAGGCAGGGAGGCAGCUCCUCACCGCUGUGCUUUAACUUUGUGCCGGAUGAACUAGCAAAGAGAAUUGAGAAGUCAAACCUAGGAAUCAGACUCAGGAAGAAUGGACCGAGGAUUGGACUGCAGACGACAUUGUGUUGAUAGCGAAGAGCCCUGAAGAGCUGCAGACACUAUGCAACAUCGGCAGCUUAUGGGCAUAUGAGUUCUCCUUAUCUAUAAAUAUAUCAAAGUCAGUUUGGGUGGACUUUAGGAAGAAGCAAACAGAACUAGCACUAACAAUAGGAGGAUUGAGGGUGGAAAGGGCUGACGGAUUUAAAUAUUUAGGCAAAAUUAAGGAGAAGAGGCCAGGGAAGAAGUCGGAUCAGAAGAUGUCACUGGAAAGAAUGAAAUCGGCCUGUAGGAUGGUGCAAGGACUACUUUCGGGAUUAAAAUCUCUGCCCAUAGCCAAGAAAGCAGUCAUCGCAGAUGCCCAUAUAAUCUCAACAGCGCUUUAUGCUAACUCCCCCCCUCCGUGAGUGAACAAAACCAUUAGAAAAAUCGCUAUUUUUUGCCCAAAAGCCCACCCUCCGUGAGUGAACAAAAAUUUUUUUAAUAGAAAAAAUUUUUAUUGAAAAAAAUUUAGAUAUAUAAAUGAUAAUUAGUAUAAUGAAAUCUAGAGCUAAUUCUGUUUAAUUUUAAACGAAUUGCUUUUUUAAAACAUAAAUUUUAUAAAUUAAAUUAAUAUUUGCUUUCCAAUUUUUGCGAAUUAGGAUUUUUUUAAAUUUCGAAACAAAAAUAUUUUUUAUAAAAUUUAUAUGUAAAUUUUUUUAAAAAAAAAAAUUAGCCCCCCUCCGUGAGUGAACAAAAUUUUUUGUUCACUCACGGAGGGGGGGAGUAAGGAUUGCACACAGGAAGACUGGGAUCAAAAGCUUUUGGACCUGAUGGAAAGGGAGAGGAUGAAAAUUUGCCAGGACACUGCUGCACGCGCCAAGAGGGAUCGCCCGAGAAACUUCCUUAGAGGACCUAGGCUGGAUAACGAUCAAAAACCACUGACGGAAUCGGACACUGAAUUUCAGGAAGAGAAUGCUGUGCUCCAACAGCGGGAUCAUUAAGGAAAUAGUUGCUGCAAAUUGCACAGAGAGUUUGCCGUGGGAAAAGAAAUGCAAGCGUAUCCUGAGAGAGCUUGGACUGGAUGAUAACUCAACAGAAGAGGAUUUUGCCUUGUUGGACAGAGUGAACUGGGAGAAAACACUAUCGAGUAAAAUACUGAUUUGCAACCUAAAAGAAGUCUCAAGUAGAAUACAGACAGAAACAGAGAAGACGAUUCGAGUUUGGAGAUGACUGAAGGAAGGUUCUGAAUGCACCGACAUGCCAAUAUUUAUGAAAUAUAACUCUGAAAAACAACUAGCAAUAGGUUCAAUUCACAAACUAAGGGCUGGAUUUAACUUUAGCAACCACAAUGCGCACAUGAGGCACCUUGCACUCACUGGUAAAUGCGACACUUGCAGCAAUGAGGAGACUGAAGAACACAUAAUUGAAGACUGUCCUAGGUAUGAAUCUCUAAGAGCGAGAUUGCUGGAAGACUUAGAAGGAGCAUGCUUUCCAUGGAGGGAAUUCAGACUAGCAGAAGUGGUACUCUACAGUCACAACUUUGAGGCGAAAUUGAAAAAAUGAGGAGAAGCGAUGGUGGGAGAACCGAUAGCAAGGGUGAUGAUGAUGAUGAACUCAACCAAACCAUGUAAAAACUUGGCUGGAUGCACAUAUUGAACGCCAAAAUUCCCUUUCACAAGGUCCCAGGGUCUCCCGAGUUACAGGUAUAGCUUUUUGCCUUAAGUGGCGCGGUAUGGGCGCCACUUCGGCAAGCUCCUUCUUCCAGUUGGCCGAGCCAACUCAGGUUGGUUCGACCAACUGGAGAAUUGACAAGUGAGGCCUUUUGGGGAGACUUGCCAAUUCUAGUUGGCUCGGCCAACUGGAAGAAGGAGCUUGCCGAAGUGGCGCCCGUACCGCGCCACUCAAGGCAAAAAAAGCAUAUUAGGACUUUCCUCGCCAUUUUUAUGUAUGAGAGAGGGAACCCAAAUGGUAAGGAAUAUGCAGCACCUCCUGAAAAAAGGCACAGACCAGUUGCAGAAUAA